UUGCGAAAAACAAAGUCAUUAACAGCUGUUUGCAUCAGCUGUCAAAAAAAUAAAAUAAUCCAUAUAUUUCGUAUGUCUACAACGAUUACUCAGUAUCGGCAGGAUACUUAAUUAUAAUCGAUAGCAUACACAGCUUGAUGACCUAUCGUUGCGCCUAUUGACCUGCAUAAUUCCUAGUUCCAUCGCAAUUGGCAUUUGCCCUGGUGCCGCCACAACAUGUCUCAGCAAGGCGGCGAAGACGAAAAUCCUCUCGAGAAAGCAAAUCAGGAUCAAAAUAAGGAAAUCAUUGCUGCACACGAGAAGCCAAAUGAGGACCCAAAUAUUGCUAAGGAGCCAAAUGAGAAUCUUGGAACGGUAAACAUUGCCCCAGAUGAUUUGCCAAAAUAUGUUCAAAGUAAGGUUGUCAUUGCUGCACCCAGUGAGUCGAAUAGGGAACAGGAUAUGGACAGGACUACUACAAAUCCAAAUCAGGAUCGAGAAAUUGAAAUCGAGAAGCCAAAUGGGGAUCAUAAUACGGAAGAGAAUGCUGCACCCGAGGUGCCAAGUGAUGAUAAGGUAAACACACCUGCAUUUAAAACGCAGAAUAUGGACAAAUAUGAGAGCCAAAAUAUGGAGAUCAAUUCUGGAGUUGGGGAGUCAAAGCAGGAUGAAAAUGAAAAUAAUAAGUUUAACAAUACUGAGGUUGAGCAGGAUGAAACCGACAGCCGACAGAAUAAGGAACUCGGCCCAGCAGUUAUUGACCAAGGCACGGUGAAGAGUGUUGUAAACAAAUCGCCAUCCCUGCGCAUUGCAGUCCAUGGCAUGUCGGAGCUAAUCAACACGCGCCUCUCGACCGAAGCACUGGAAAUUUGCGUUGAGCUAAUAGAGGCAGGUGUGCAGCCAAGGGCGCUGGCCGAAGUUGUGCUGCAUAUCCUAGAUCUUAAGAUGAAGAAGUACGAGAAAGAGAACGGUCCCAUACUACCGUAGACUUUGACGCUGUCUAAGCCCCGAAAGCAAAUCCUAGAACGCACAUGGCUAGAGAUAAUGCUUAUCAGCACGACAACACCUGCAGGCCCCAGCCGUCUAGACGUAACAAUAACAAUUCCGUCACAAUCCAUACAAAGCGAUUACCGCACCAGCGAAAUCCAUCAAUUGCGAUAUCAGAGUUAAUUAUGUAUAUUGUUGUAUAUGUUUUUGUUACUAUCGAAAAUAUAACCCGUUGUAUUAAGUAA